AUGGUGACCUCGCCAGACAAUAGGCCCAAUGCCGUGGAAGCUGCAAUUCUCAAACAGGUUGAAUACUAUUUCGGAGACGAAAACCUUCCAAAAGACAAAUACCUCAACGAAGUCCUCCGGCUGCACCAAGGCUGGGUUCCCAUUUCCGUCCUGCGGAGUUUCAAAAAAUUGAAAGCAAUUCAGUCCGACAGCGUGCGGAUAGCAAUUGCCUUGAAGAAGAGUGAUGGGAUGCUUGAGGUCGAUGGGACGGGGAAAAAGGUUAGGAGGAGGACGCCGAUAUCUGCGAAUGCAAAGGGGGUUGACAAGGAGGCAAAGAGUAAGGGGGGGAAGAGGAUGACAGAGGAUGAGCAAGGAGAACAGAAUAGCGAUGAGACCGCGUCAAAGAAACCUCGCCAAACACAGCCCACCGCAUCCACCACUCACCCAACCCCAACCUGCACCCGCUCCCACCACCACCACAGCAACCCAACAGCCACAGCCCUCGACACCUUCCACACCCGCCACUUCAGUCAAUCCGCCAAACAAACCUUCUUCCAUAACCCCAUAUUCGGGCCUCUCACAUCUUCUACGGCCGCGCCAAUGACGCAUGAUGCUGACAAUUACUGGUCGAAGUUGUGCACACCGUGCGCAGAGUACUGGUCGAGUUACUAUAGCCAGCAGCACGACACGCUCGACGUCACAGGUGUCACAAAUGAAACUGCCCUGACUGAGGAAGAUGAAACAUGGGAAGCGGAAGAAGAUGUUACAUAUGACGAAGAGGUCGCAUACGACGAUGAAACCGAACCAUCCUACAUCCUAACCCCCGGCAUGAUCGAAAUGUUCCAGCACUCGGCCAACUGGAAGAUCGAGAAACGGCGGAUAAUGGAGGAGAUGGAGGCUAAGGAGGCUGCUGAAACAGCAGCAUCAACAGCCCAAUCAAACCACAACACAUCAACACCCGCCCUUCGCUUCGCCGCUAAACAACAACUGUAUGGGGCGGAUGGUGCGUACAAGGUUAUUCUGAUGGAAGACGCUUUGGCGGAGUUGGUCAAGACGGGGACGGAGAAGGGCAAGGGGAAGGGGCGGAAGAGGGUGUUGUGGCCUAUUGUUCCUAUCAAGUAG